GCGCAAUGGAGAUUCUGUCCUCCACGAGCGCGUCGGGCUUGGAGAUUAACACCACAAUUGCAGCCAAGUCGAGGGUGCCUCUCUGGGCCUCUGUGCAAUGUGAGGCCGGCAGCAGCCCAUCCUGUGAUGCCCAACGGGUGGACGCCGUGCGCGUCCAGGGCAGUCGCGACGUGUUCAUCCGCUACGAGGCGCCCGACGACGAGCCCAAUGGCAGCAAUACGGUUGCAAGAGUGCGAGUCAUCAAGGGGGACGUCCACGACCCGAAGGACGUUACUGUCCAGCUAAGUACCACAGAGGGUCUCCUCAUGCUGGACAUCACAGCGUCCAAGAAGACGAUCGAAGUGGUGCUGCUACAUAAGGACCAAUUGCAGCGCCUGGAGAGUCGAGGGUCCGGUGACGUUGUGAUUGAGGACAACGUGCUGGCAAUAAUGGGUCCUGGAUUGUCCAUCGCUGUGCGUGGCAGUGGCGACGUGUACGUUUCGACCUCGGAGACCGUGCAGGUGGACACUUUAACGUUGAAUUCCAAGGGCAGUGGACAGCUGCAAGUCUCCUUCGCGGAGGUGAGAGUGUCUAAGUUCCUGGUGGAGUAUUACGCUUCCGGGGACGUUGCGGUGUUCGUCAACUCGGACAGUGAUGCGGACAACUUGUCGGUCGUAGCGGAGGGAUCAGGAGAUGCGUGUCUGAAU